AUGUUUUCAUCUCCAAUAUUUGUCUCUCUUCCCCUGGUAGCUCUGCUAGGUUCUACCUUCUUGGCGGCAUCUGUCAACGCAGCAACCUACAUCGGCUGUACAGCUUCAGUCAUAGUCGGGUCGAGUAAUCCAUCUUCUUCCACUCAAGGCAACGUUGGGAAGUGCGAGAGUUAUUGCGCCGAAAAUUAUCCCAACCCAUACUUUUACUAUCGAGCGGACCUCGAAGUGUGUUUCUGCAGUGACAAUAGUCCUGAUGCCGGUAUCUAUGAUUCAGGUUCAAGCAAUCUAGGCGGUUGUGCAAGUACUUCUGAUUAUCAGGUUUACGCGACGACUACCUCAUUCGAAUUCCAAGGUUGUUACGAUAACAUGGACACUGACAAAGCACCAGACAACGUUAUCGAGCUUGAAGACUGUUUCGCCGCCUGCGGUACCGAAGGUUCAGCAAUGUUCUUACCGGCAUACAACGAUGAUCUAUUCCAAUGUCGAUGUAACACGCCAAAUACCAUUUCGGGAGUAAAUGAGGUCACAUGUGGACCCAACGUCUGGUUCACAUUCACACACAGUGCCGCAGCUACUGCUAGUGGAUUAGCAAGAAGGAACUUGAAAGAGAAAUUGGCAGCUAUCAAAAGACAGAGUUUUACGCUUUGUCCAGGAAAUGCAAACGCUUGUUCUGUACCUGGUGCUGAGACUUAUGAGUGUAUCGAUACCACAAGCGAACUUGAGUCUUGCGGUGGUUGCAUGUUUGGCGAAUUUCAAUCUUCAAAGAACGUCACGGUUGGAACAGAUUGCUCAUCACUAUCUGGUGUCGCUCGAGGUGCGGUAACGUGCCACAACUCUCAAUGUGAAGCUUUCGCUUGUAAGAAAGGGUACGAAUUAGUUUCUGGUCUCUGUGUGCCCAUAGCUUAA